GAGAGAGAGAGAGACGGACAGACAGAGACAGAGAGGCAGAGAGAAGGAGAGAGGGAGAGAGGGAGAAAGACAGACAGAUAGAGACAUACAGAGACAGAGAGACAGUGAAGAAAAGGGAGAAACAGACAGAAAGGAAAGGAGAGAGAAGAGGGUCCUGAAAAGCUAUGGAGAAGACAAGAUCAGGAAGAAAGUGGAUGGUUAAAGAGCAGCUGAGUGAACAGCCACACAACAGCUCAGCACAAGGAGGUAAGAAGGCCUUGUGAAAAGUUGCAAAGGAUCCAACUCUCCCACUUUUGCUCCAGCAAUGAUUGAAUAAGAACUAGAUCAAGUAAUAACCCCCCCCCCCAAAUUUAAAGUGAACCUUCAGUAAAUUGAUUCAACUCCAAGGUUAAACAAACAGAUUACCAGAAGCUAGGGGCUAUAACCCCCUGUAGUUACAUAUUAAUAUUCUCGUGGGUGGACACUUGAGAAGGAGAUUGGAAACUGAGGGAAAAUGGAUAGAGAGAAAGAGAGAGACAAAGGAAUAAAGACUCAGAGACAAGGAGUUAAAAAAUAUGGGCUCCAUUGUGCGUGGCCCUCUGAUGGAAUUGAGAGAGGGCUCUACACAGGUCCUCCAACUUUUAUUGGAGAGUUUAGGAAUGUGGAGUGAGAGGUAGCUAAUGAACAUGUGACAUGGCAUAGGUUUUAACAUUGACUCAAUUGACAAUCAUUUAAUCAAAGAAUUGGAGGUUAAUCAAAGACGUGACUUGGUAAGGAACGUGGUCUAACAAGUUGGGAGCUAGGACCCUGUGGCAAAUAAUGUCCUGCUCAGGAAUUCUUUUGUCUUUUGGACUGAAGAUUUGGAAAUUCAAUAAUCAAUAAGUAACAUGACCAUGAGUGUGGUAUAUGAACACAUAAGAUACAAUAUCAAUACACCAAUCAUACUUUUGAGAUGCUAAUAUACCUGGUAUGCUACAGGGGCCAUGGAAAAGAAAAUAACCCUAAAGUCCUCAGCUCACGGAAGUCCUAUGAGCUACUUGAGUGGAAAAAUUCCAGCAGUGGAGUAAAGUUCCAUCAGGAUUGUUGUCAGAGGGCACAAAAGAGGCAGGAAGAGAAGGAGAAGGAGAAAGAAGAGGAGCAGGAGGAGAAAGAAGAGGAGGAGAAGGAGGAGAAAGAGAAAGAGGAGAAGGGGAAGGGGAAGGAGAAGAAGAAGAUUAAGAACAAGAUCAAGAACAAGAGCAACAAGAACAAGAAGGAGGAGAAGGAGAACAAAAAGAACAAGAACAAGCAGGAGGAAGAGAAGGAGAAGAAGAAAAAGGAGAAGGAGAAAGAGGUAGAGGAAGAGGAGAAGGGAAGGGGGAGAAGGAGAAGGAAAGUCAACCUAUUAGAGACAUGUGAGAGAAUAGUUUUGUUACACUGGAGGCCCAGUUAAGAUUCCAUUCACAUAAACUUGUCACUCAGUCACCAAGGUUGUGUGACUUUUCCUUUAGCCAUCCAUACAUAGCUUUGUCUUCAUCAUAGAUAUAUGCCAGUAACAAAGCCCCCCCCUCCAGGUCUCCCUACACUUGAAUUUCUUCCAUUGUGAUGCUCAAAUGUGACAGUAGAGGGCACAUCCUUUGAUAGCUAUAAGGUGAGUGGUCAUUGUGAUUAUCUGUGCUAACUUCAUAGCUGCUGCCUUUAACUCUCACUCUCUGUCCCCCAGGUCACUGAGAUGCCAUCCUGGAGGAAACCUUGGCACUGUAUGGCGAAGUGGCUCAUUCUAGGAUGUCUCUGUACUGGCUUCCUCCUGCUGUUCUACUCCUAUGCAUCCUUGCAAGUCUUCAUGGCCAAGUCCCCAGCUCCAGCCCGUUGUUCCUCUCCACCCACCUCACCUACCAACAUCCCAAAUGACUCCUGCUGGCCAAAGUUAGAUAUUGUGUUCAUGAAGACCCACAAGACGGCCAGCAGCACCCUGCUCAACAUCCUCUUCCGCCUUGGCCAGAAACACCACCUCAAGUUUGCCUUCCCCAGCGGCUAUAACGACUUUAACUAUCCGACCUUUUUCAGGCGGACCCUCGUGCACAACUACCAGCCAGGGGACUGCUUCAACAUCAUCUGCAACCACAUGCGUUUCUUCUACUCCGAAGUGCAUAGUCUGGUGGCCCCCAAUACCACGUUCAUCACAGUGCUGCGGGACCCGGCCCAUCUCUUCGAGUCUUCCUUUCACUACUUUGGCAUGGUGGUGCCCUUCACGUGGAAGCUCACGGGCCACAACAAGCUGGCCAAGUUCCUGCAGAACCCUACUCAGUAUUAUAACCCCCAAGGCUAUAAUGCCCAAUUUCUUCACAACCUGCUCUUUUUUGACUUGGGCUACAAUAAUGAACUGGACCCCCGCAGCCCCCAGGUAGAAGAUCACAUCCUGGAGGUGGAACAGAGGUUCCACUUGGUCAUGCUGCAAGAGUACUUUGAUGAGUCCCUGGUGCUGCUGAAGGACCUCAUGUGUUGGGAGCUGGAAGAUAUUCUCUACUUCAAGCUCAAUGCCCGCCGGGCCUCUGCCGUCCCCCAGCUGACCGGAGAGCUGUACCAGCGGGCCACCGAAUGGAACCAGCUGGACGCACUCCUCUACCGCCACUUCAAUGCCAGCUUCUGGCGCAAGGUGGAGGCCUUUGGGCGGGAGCGCAUGGCCCGAGAGGUGGCCAACCUGAGGCGGGAGAAUAAGCGAAUGGAGAGAAUUUGCAUUGAUGGGGAGCAUGCAGUGGAGGCUAAGGACAUUAAGCAACCAUCGCUGCAGCCCUGGCAAGCAAUGGGGGCAAAGACCAUUCUUGGUUAUAACCUAAAGAAGCACAUCAGUCAUCAGUAUGAGCAACUGUGCCGGAAAAUGGUGACUCCUGAUAUCCAGUACAUGACUGAACUUGGGGUCAAUCUGUGGAUCACCAAGUUAUGGGGGUACAUCAGGAAAUUCCUGCAAAUUUGAUAGCUGCCUGACCCUAGUCAGCUCUCUCUGUUUUUUUUUUCUUUCUUUUCUUAGCCCCACCCCCACCUUCUGUCUUAGAAUCAAUACUGUGUAUUGGUUCCAAGGCAGAUGAGUGGUAAGGGCUAGGCAAUGGGGGUCAAGUGCCUUGCCCAGGGUCACCCAGCUGGGAAGUGUCUGAGGCCAGAUUUGAAACCAGGACCCCCAUCUCUAGGCUUGGCUCUUCAUUCACUGAGCCACCCAGCUGCCCCCUCUCUCUGUUAUUUCUGACUUGACCUUCUCAAAAGCAUGCACAUGGGCUAUCCCUUAAGUAGGGCAGAGUUAACCUUUGGGCCAACCACUCAAGGCAGCUGACAAGACAAUAAAGUCUGACUUCUACCUUCCAAGUCAGGCCAGCUUUUUUCUGUCUUCAUCCUACCCUUUGGGGAAGGCACAGAGUAAAAUUGGUCAAGGUCCAAGCAUUACCUCAUAAACGUCACUGGGUGACUUCCAAAUGGUCAACCAAAUGAGACUGGAUCCGAGAAGCUUUCACUCAAAAGCAGGAUUUGAAUCAUUGGGUAGCGCUGGAAGAGUUUUUUAAAGGUCAUUAUCCCUAGAUGGAAGGAGUAGCCUCUGAUGUAGUAUAAUGAUCUCAUUCUGUUUUAUCUGUGUAACGACUGAGACUGGGGAGAAAAAAUCCCAACAGGGUUUCUCCAUGAUGUAUUAGCCCCAGUUAUUGGGAUAAAUACUCUGGAUUCCAUUUUCAACUAUGUCCAGACGCUUUGCAUUGGCAUCUCCAGAGGAAGACUUGAAUGACUAGUCUUCUGGGAAUGAAGAUAUUUAAAUAGCGGGGCUGCAAGAGGUAAUGGUAAGUGGACAUGGGAAGGCCAAGGCCAGGACUGGGGAAGAUGGCAGUAACAGAAGGACCCUGAUGACCUCAGUGCAAAGGAAGAGGUUUUCAGAGAGCCCCAGAUUUCCUUAAGUGACUUUAUAGAGCAGAACCCUACCCCGAGAAGAUUGUCAAUAACCCAAAGACUCCGAGUUGGGCAAGGUCUCAUCUGUAGCUCUGACAUUAAGGUGACAUUGGGAACUACCAGAUCAGACACUUUCAGAGAGGAGACCUGAACUCUAAGGGUUUUGGCCCCAGGCAUCAUGACUUGGGGUGAUUGGAUCAUGAGUUAGGGCAGCUAGGUAGCACAGUGGGUAGAUAAAGUGCCAAGAAGAGUUGACUUCAAAUGUGAUCUCAGUUAUUUCCUAGCUGUGUGACCCUGUGCAAGUCACUUAAACCCUCUUUGCCUCAGUUUCCUUUUCUCUAAAAUGAUCUAGAGAAGGAAAUGGCAAAUCACUCCAGUGUCUUUGCCAAGAAAACCACAAGUGGAAUCAUGAAGAAUUGGAUGCAACAAAAAUGACUGAGCAACAACAAUGAUAUGAGUUUGGAGGUGACUCCUCUCAAAAUUCUAGGGUGAAGAAAAGGUAUAUAAUCCUCUAUUGUGAAUUUUAAAUUUCCUCCACCUUGCUUGUUCUAGCACCCAGGAAUGUGCACACCCACUCUACACGGGUAUGUGCUAGCUAAUGACAAAUCAGAAACAACUGAUUGCCCCCCUGGGCUGUCCUAAGCCAAGCUUGAGCCACCAUUGGCACAUGUGAGAUGCAGGAAGUGAGGUAGAGUAUAGCCUCUGGCAUUCUCAGGACUUCCUGUGGAGAGGGCUAGAGGCCAGUUCAAUCCUGGAGCUCGAGCUUGGAGGAGCCCCUCAGACAGCUUUCCUUCAAUUGGUCAUGUGGGUGAGUGAUAAGGACUGACUUGCCUUUUCCCUUUGGCUCCCAGACCAAACCCUUUAGCUCCUGCCUCUGGCUCAGCCUGAGCUGGAGCGGUUGAGCUAACUCCCUUUCCUUUUCUUCUCUCUCUCUCUACCUCUUUUAAUUUCUUCCUCCUGUUGUAAUUAAAUCACCAUAAAACUCCA